AUGGAAGUGCUAGAAUCGAAACCAUUGAGUGCCAUUAGUAUGGUUAUUGACGCUAUUGGAGUGGAACAUGACAGUCAGAACAAAUGUUAUUGCUGCAAUGAGCAAAUUUUCGAUCGUUUCAUCUGUCGGAUGGACAACCGAUCAUACCACGAAAAUUGCGUGAAAUGCGCCAUAUGUGAAUCUCCGUUGGCUGAGAAAUGCUUCUGGAAGAAUGGAACCAUUUACUGCAGUCAACAUUAUUAUAAGGACUACAGUGCUCAUAGAUGUGCUGGCUGCAAGAAGGGGGUCUCGCCGACGGAUAUGGUUUAUAAAUUGAAGGCCGGGCUUGUAUUCCACGUGGAAUGUCACUGCUGCACACUUUGCGGACGUCAUCUGUCUCCUGGAGAACAAAUUCUAGUCGACGACACCAUGAUGACUGUAUCCUGCAUGUCCCACUACCCACUACCAAUGGAUGAUCCAUGUCCUCCAGUUGGACCAUCAGACGUUCCUUCGUGCUCUUCUGAUGCCUCAGCUGUUGCUCCGUAUCCCAUGGAUGAGAGUUUCCCGUUUCAAAUUAAAAAGGAAGUGGAUGCUUACGGAUACAACUUCGAGCAUUAUUCCUUUUCCGAUUUUUGUGACGAUGACUCCCGGAUGUUGAAGAGAAGGGGACCGCGGACGACGAUUAGGCAGAAUCAGCUCGACGUGCUCAAUGAGAUGUUCUCAAACACCCCAAAACCAUCGAAACAUGCUCGCGCCAAGUUGGCAUUGGAGACUGGAUUGAGCAUGAGAGUGAUUCAAGUGUGGUUCCAGAAUCGAAGAAGCAAAGAGAGGCGGCUGAAACAUUUGUGCAAUUAUUUGAGACACUAUGAGCAGAGAGGACUGAUUCCACCGCCGAUUCAUUUUAGGAAUGAGGAAAUGGACGGAACCGACUUCAACUCGUUCUGCGGAAACUUCGAAGAAGAAGACGAUGAGGAUUGA